CCAGGGAUGCACUAACAUCACAUUCUUGAACUUCCCCUGGUCUACCAGCCGCUGAUUACCUAACACAGGGAUGACCAGCUAGCGAAUUACUGCAAACCUACUGCAGUGUGAUGCAAGGGGAAGUUUUUGGAACAUGUGUUCCACAAGACAGCUUGUCUAACCAUCCCCCAGAGUCACAAACAGGCUGAGGAAGAAAUGAGAAGUUAGAAUCCUCCAUUCAAGAGAAGAGAAGAGAAGACUUUGAUGAAAGCCAAAAAGAGAGAAAUAUUCUGCUUAAGCCCAGAUCUCCAGAAAGGAGGGAAGGAAUAAAAAGCCAGAAACCAGAUUCAACCAGAGCUGACGAUAUACUUAAGGAUUUCAAUCUGCAAACAAAGAGGAAUCAUUCUAGGUCUUCUGUGACUGUCCUGCACGGUAAUAUGAAUUGGAGCCUUGUGAUUCCACUUCUGGUCAUCUUAACUAUUAAGCUGACAGGAACUUCUCUGUUUCUAGUAUACUUUUCACAGAUCUUCCCUGCUCCUGCUUUCCAAGAACCCAACAGCUCCACCCCAGAUGGGAGAAAAGAAUGCUCAAGAAGUUGGAUACUGUUUGAGGGCAAAUGCUAUUUUUUUUCUACUUUCGAAAAAACAUGGGAUGCCAGCAAAAAGGACUGUGCUCAAUCAAAUUCUCGUCUCGCCAUUGUCAAGAGCAAAGCGGAACUGAUGUUCCUCCAGACCAGAACUCAGCAUGAAAAUUAUUUCAUUGGCUUGACCCAGAGUGGCUCCGUUGGGGGAUGGAAGUGGAUUGACAACACAGAGCUUAACCCUGACAUAUUUAAUAUUCCAUAUAAAGGCUUUCCCUGUGCUGUGGUUGGAUUAUCUUCCACUGGCACCGCGUCUUGCUCUGUUCCACAUCGCUGGAUUUGUGAGAUGAACACAUAAGGAGCAUCCCCUAUAUAGAGAAGAUGCUCAGCUAUCUGGGAGGUCUGGAUUCUUUGUUUGACUGAGUAAAGAACUAGAACCCUGAUCCAGCUGUCGUCGCACACAACCAAUGGCCCUGGAGAAGGAUGGUUCUUUUCACUCAUGCUGAAAGAGGGCGUCCCACUACUUCACUGAGCAUCUCUCCAAAGAUACAGAAAGCCUUCAUUCAGGAAACAAGAAGAGACUUCUGCCCUGACAUAGAAUCUAUAUACUACUUGCAAUGCAUUGCAUAUAUGAAGAAGCUGAAGUGAAAAUAAAGAAUAGAAUUGUCUUUA